AUGUCUGGUCUUUCGUCUCGACUCGAGGGACAAAGGCAUAGUCGCGAAAAACGGCGUUCUAGUUGUCGCGAAGCACGUCGCGAUAGCGUAGAUUCCCGUUAUACGCCGCCUGGUAGAAGUCUCUAUAGUAGUUCAUCAAACCGCCGGAAUCGGUCUUCCAGGCGUCGUGAUGUAUCGCACGACCCUCAUAGCUCUCGUAAACGCCGCGAUAGUUCACGCUAUGUAGCUUUUGAUAGGAUUCAUAGUAGAUUAGAAGUGAUCGAAGCUAGACUACCUGUAUCCGUAGAUAGCGUGAGUCCUUCGCGUCCUGUGAACGGGAGUCAUUUAGUUUCUACUCCAUUGGCUGUACAGAGUUCUGCUAGUAAGCCAGGCUCAGGCAUGGCUGAAGAGGUUAUUGAGGGUAGUAUUCCACACACACUGGAUAUGAAAACCAGUGAAGCAAAGGAGGAGGGGAGCAGUAUUGUUGAAGCAUUGACUGCAUUGUUCAAAGCAAAGUCUCACAACUUUUAUAUAUCGCCUUUUGAUCCAAAUGUACACGACUUUGAUGUUUGGUGCAACGAGGUUGACCGUGCCCGGCUUCUAAAUAAUUGGGAUGAUCACGAAUGUUUAGGACGGAUAGGUAGUUGUUUGAAAGGAGAUGCGAAGUUGUGGUUAAACGAUUGGGUGACAAAUGAUCGAUCGUGGAGUAAUUUUAAACUAGAAUUUAGAUCGUUAUGUCCACGUAACGUUGACAUGGCUUCUGUAUUAUUUGAGGUAAUGAGUACAAACUCUAAUAAGUUUUCUACUUAUGCGGAAUACGCGCGUAAAUCUUUGCUACGUCUGAAUAUCGUUAAAGGUUUAUCCGAUGAGCUGAAAACCGCUAUUGUUGUUCGAGGCAUUAGCGAUCCCCAAAUAAAAGCCGCGGCCACAAAUGCUAAAUUACACUCAAAAGGUUUGAUUGAAUUUUUAUCUGUUUAUAUAAAACCUAAAUACGAUUACCGCCAAUCUAACAAUACCGUUCGUUCUUUUAGUAGUUCAGGUCCGUCUUACACGCGAAAACGCGAGGCGUCUAGGUUUGAUAAUAACAAAAUUACUUGCCACACCUGUGGAAAAUUAGGUCAUAAGAAAUGGCAUUGUCCUAAAAAACUUAGAGCUGAUCCUACGACUUCUACUCAGAGUGACAGUUUCACAAAACCAUCUCCUAUUGCAUUAAGCGACAAUCAGAAUAGGUCAGUUAAAUAUUGCACAUUUUGUAAGCGUAAUGGACAUUUGAUAGAUUCAUGUUUUCAAAAACAGCGUUCUAACAGUGGUGAUAAAAAAAUCAAUGAAUGCAUAAAUGCACCCAUUUUGAUUGGUACCGACGUACUGAACCGAAAGGGUUUGAUAUACAUUCGAAGUAAUGGAGAACAGCGGCUUGUGAGGUCUGGUAUUGGACCGAUUGUGCAGCAUGUGGUCGUGGUGGACGAUGGGAGUGUCAGCACCCCAUUAAUUGGUGCAGAUAGGGAUAGAUUACUAACGAUAAUUCACGAAUUUUCGGAUUUAUUUAUCUCUGGCACUGCGGCCUCCACCGUGAACACAGGCAGCAUGGAAAUUCGAUUAACUUCGAAUACCCCGAUAAGUCAUCGUCCUUACAAACCUUCGAUAGAUGAAAAGAAUAGAGUUCGUGACAUUGUCAGCGAUUUGCUCAGUAAGGGUAUAAUUCGGGAGUCUCAGUCUGACUAUGCUAGUCCUAUUAUUUUGGUCAAAAAGAAAGACGGCAGUGAUAGAAUGUGCGUCGAUUAUCGGGCGCUCAAUUCUAUCACUGUCAAGGAGAAAUUUCCCUUGCCGCUAAUCGAUGACCAUGUUGACAAGCUUGGCAGCUAUAAAAUCUUCACCAGUCUUGAUAUGGCUACUGGAUUUCACCAGGUGCCAAUGAGGGACGAUGACUCAAUCAGCAAGACUGCCUUCGUGACACCUGAAGGACAUUAUGAAUAUUUGAAAAUGCCCUACGGGUUGGCCAAUGCACCAAUUGUUUAUCAGAGAAUCAUUUCCAAAACUUUAAAAACAUUAAUAGAUGCUGGCAAAGCCCUUACGUAUAUAGACGACGUUUUAUUACUGUCAAAUUCAGUAGAGGAAGGCCUGGACACGUUGAAAGAAGUUUUACAUACAUUAAAAACAGCGGGAUUUUCUAUUAAUUUAAAAAAAUGUACCUUUUUAGACUCAGAAAUUGAAUACUUGGGGCGAUUGAUCGGUCAUGGUCAGGUUAGGCCGAGUCUGGGGAAGGUCGAUGCACUUAUUAGAUCUCCAAAACCCACAAAUGUCAAGGAAGUUCGCCAGUUUCUAGGUUUAGCGGGAUAUUUCCGUCGCUACAUAUCGGGUUAUGCUUCUAAGACGGCAUGUAUAGCAAAGUUGUUAAGAAAAGGGUUACCAUUUUUGUGGGGUGCUGAGCAGGAUACUGCUCGCGAUUAUAUAAUUCACUGUUUGACAAAUGAACCGGUUUUAGCGAUAUUCAAUCCCCGGCUGCCUACGGAACUUCACACCGAUGCAAGUGCUAUUGGUCUUGGUGCUAUUUUGUUACAGGAACAUGCCGGUAGGAGAAAGAGGGUUGUCGGUUAUUUUAGUAAGUCCACCCAGGGCGCAGAGUCACGGUACCACAGCUAUGAGCUGGAGACCUUAGCUGUCGUACGUGCGCUCCAGCAUUUCCGCCACUAUUUGAUUGGUAUAGCCUUUAAAAUAGUGACUGAUUGCAAUUCAUUAAAAUUGACGGAGCGUAAAAAAGAUCUGUUGCCUCGAGUUGCGCGCUGGUGGGUAUAUUUACAAGAUUUUAAUUUUACUUUAGAUUAUCGUAAAGGUGUUUUAAUGCAACAUGCAGAUUUUCUGAGCCGUAAUCCUCCUCUUUCCACUGCCAAUGUGUCUCAUAUUCGGAAUCCAAGCAGCUGGGCGAAGAUCGCUCAAACCGCUGAUGUGGAGACACAAGAGUUAAUUUCUAGAUUAAAAGACGGGCAGCUUGACGAUACUAGGUAUGUGAUAAAAAAUGAUUUGUUGUACUACAAAUUUACACCAACUGGGGAAGACCCGCGACUCUUGUGUUACAUCCCUAAGGGUCACAGACUCAGCUUGUUGAGGGUGUUCCACGAUGAACAUGAUCAUAUUGGGACGGACAGAACAACUGACUUAAUAUUAAGACACUUUUGGUUUCCUAGUUUGCGACAGUUUGUAAAAAAGUACAUAAGUUAUUGUCUAGUAUGUUUAGCACAUAAAAAAGUUCCCAGGGCUCCGUCACAACCGAUUCAAUCCUGGACAAAGCCAGAUAUCCCUUUUUCUAUUAUACACACCGAUGUCCUAGGGCCGCUCCAAGAGUCAAACGGUUUCAAAUACGUUUUGAUUAUAGUGGAUGCAUUUUCCAAGUAUUGUUUGCUCUACUCUCUGUACAGACAAAACACUGACGAGCUAAAACGAGUUUUUUUCAAAUGCGGUGUCAUUAUUUGGUACGCCGUCUACAAUAGUAUGUGA